AUGAACGCCAACGUCGCACGAACUGCCCUUAGGGCUGCUACCCGCUCGUCUACCCGACGUGCUGGUGCUGGUGCUGGUGCUGGUGCUGGUGCUGGUGCUGGUGCUGGUGCUGGUGCUGGUGCUGGUGCUGGCGCUGCUCGAUCGCUCUCGUUCGCUCCUACUGCUCGUCCCACCCUCAACAAGAUGCUUUCUGCCACUGCUAAGCCUUGGCUUGCUCGUGGUCUCAAGACGAUCGAGUUCACCGAGGGGAUCCCUGAAAAGGUCUACGAGCGUGAGGACUGGCCUCUUGAGAAGCUCCAGGACUAUUUCAAGAACGAGACCUUUGCUAUUCUCGGUUACGGUUCCCAGGGUCACGGACAGGGUCUUAACCUCCGCGACAACGGCAUGAACGUCAUCGUUGGUGUUCGCAAGGACGGUGCUUCAUGGAAGGAAGCCAUCCAAGAUGGCUGGCAGCCUGGCAAGAACCUCUUCCCAAUCCAAGAAGCCGCUGAAAAGGCCACCAUUGCCAUGCUUCUCCUCUCUGACGCUGCUUGCGCCAACGUCUACAAAUCCAUCAAGGACAAGAUGCCCAAGACGCAUACCCUCUACUUCUCUCACGGCUUCCAAAUCACCUAUCAAUCCGAAACCGGUUUCGAAGCUCCCAAAGACAAAGACAUCAUCCUCUGCGCCCCCAAAGGAUCCGGUCGAACCGUCCGCUCUCUCUUCCUCGAAUCCCGUGGUAUCAACGGAUCCAUCGCCGUCUACCAAGACCUGUCCGGAAAAGCGCUCGAAAAAGCCUCGGCCAUGGGUGUCGCCGUAGGAUGCGGCUACCUCUACGAAACCACCUUCGAACGUGAAGUCUACUCGGAUCUCUACGGCGAACGUGCUUGCCUCAUGGGCGGCAUUCAGGGUCUCUUCAAGGCGCAGUACGAUGUGCUCAGGGCUAACGGCCAUAGUCCUUCCGAGGCCUUUAACGAGACUUGUGAGGAGGCCUUGCAGUCGCUUUACCCACUCGUGGGUGCCAAUGGCAUGGAUUACAUGUACAAGGCUUGCUCGACCACUGCUCGUCGUGGAGCGCUUGAUUGGGCUCCAGAGUUUGAAAAGGCUUGCAAGCCUGUGCUGGAGAAGCUGUAUGAGAGUGUCAAGAACGGUAGCGAGACUAGACGCGCUCUGCAGUUCGGCAACAGAAAGACUUAUAGGGAGGACUUUGAUAAGGAGACGGAUGCUAUUGCAGCUCAGGAAAUGUGGAAGGUCGGUCACAAGGUUCGUGCUUUGCGUCCCGAGAACGCUGAUAAGGGCCUCUAA